AUGUCAUAUGAUGAUUCCAAUGAAACGUUGCAUUGCAAAGAUGACAGUUGUUUAUCUUUGAAAAUUUUGUUCUCGAAAAAGAUUCAAUUCAGCAUUUUAAUCUCCGCUUUGCUUUUAUCUGUUAUUUACGUCUUGACUCUGUUCUACUACUUUAUUCAAUUUGACGAGUUACAGAAAAAGCCUCAACAUCACGCCAUCAUAUGUUCAUUACUUUGCAAUUUUCUCAUCCUAGCAACUGAAUUACCUGAUACUCUCACCUAUGUUCACUUUGAACAGUUCAUCAAUACUCAUCUCAAACACUAUCUACCCAUCGCUCUACCACCGAUCCUUCUCUCCAUCUGGUACACCGUGCUCAUCUUCUUCUAUCCAUGUCAACAGUUCUUUGAUUACACACAGUUGUGGUGCAUUGGUGCUUGCUAUGUAUUUGAAGGAACGAUCGGAACGAUGGAUGACCUUGUUUAUCUCAAUGCCAAUCCUAUUCAAGGCUAUGAUGGAUAUCGAAGCAAUCUAGAACUAGGUGAUACCUAUUUACUAACAGUGGAUUGCGAUCAUAAAGUGAUUCGUUUAACGAAUGAACGUACUAACGAAGCUCAUGUCUUGGAUGUUGAUCCGACGAAAUGUCCUUUACCAUGGCAAUUAAAUGUUCGGUUUCUUGAUCACGUUCAACCAUAA